CCUCCCAAAACUUUAGAAGUAUUUGCCUCUGUAUGUGGCAAACAUGACUUGCAUUCCAUAUCCGAUGAAAUCUACGCAAAAUCUGUCUUCAAAAAUAAUGCCAUUCCAGAUGCCGAUUCGUUUGUUUCAAGCCUGUCGCUUGAUCUUGUCGGUGUCAUUGAUGCGAACCGACACCACGUGCUCUAUGGAGCAAGCAAGGACUUUUGCGCGAAUGGCCUACGUCUCGGCCUCGUUCGUGCUCAACCGGAGUCUCACAUUGGGUGUACCCAACGUAACACCGGCAUUAGCAUCUUUUCCUGGUCAGCACAUCUCCUCCAAGAUGCGUGGGCUACCAUGCUUGAAGACAGCCAGUGGCUACACAAAUUUAUGGAUGAGAAGGCUACACUUAUGAUAGAAAACUAUCACAUCGUUACGUCAUUCUUUCGCGAGCAUGGCAUUCGAUACCGAGAACCCAAUGCCGGUCUUUUUAUAUGGAUAGAUGUUCGCCAUCUACUUUUACCACAAUCCGCAUCAAAGCAACUUGAUUUCAGUAUCCUAACAACCGAGUCUCCCGAGGGGAAUAUCUAUAAGGCACGCGAGAUAAGUAUUGCAAAUAUCUGUAUUGAACACGGCGUUAUGAUUGCCCCAGGGCAUGUUUACGUGUCUGAGGAGUAUGGCUGGUUUCGUGUGACAUUCACUGUAGGAAAGGAGGCACUGAAGGAAGGGUUAGAACGCCUCUGGAGGUCGUUUCAAAGGGCUGAGGCACAAAGACAAGAGUGGAACUAG